CUGACCGAACGGCGGGAGCGAGGACUAGGAUAUAGUGUCUUCAACAGUUGUAAUAACAAAUGUCAUUUGCUGAAAGACAGCACAUGUCACACACUCUACUAAGUAUUAUAGGCAUUUCCUCUAAUACAGAGCCCUGCAGUAUAGUGUAGAUGGGCAUCACAAUCUUAGUGAUGAGGGAGUUGAGGUUCAGAGUGGUUGAAUAAUUUGCAGAGUAAUAAAGAUACUGUGUGUCACCAUUGUGAUCCAACACUAAAUGUAGUCAGUGCCCUUUCCUUUAUUCUAUGUUGCUUUUUCCCAGAAGUACUUGCUGAUCAGAAGAAAUUAUUGGUUUUUUCAUUUUUUCUCAUCAGUGCCCUAUCAUAGUUUGUGCUUCCCGCCCUUAUCUGUUUUUCAUGUUACUCUGGACAGCAUUUCCACCAAUUCAUUCUGCCUUUUGAAAUGUCAUUAUUUCUUCAAGGCCCAGAGGAAAUGCUACAUACUCGUCUAAAUCAGAAGGUUCAGAGAUGGGCAGUGAGAAGGAGCAGAGUCCAGAACCACACCUGCCUGAGGAAGGGGAAGGGGGCAGACCUUGGAGAGUGGAUGCCUUAGAGGGUUCUCGGAUCCCACCUGGGGAGGAGCAUGGGCAGGAGAUCCUGUCAGAGGGGCCACAAGAAACCCAUCCAAAAAAGCCAUGGCAGAAAGUCACUGCCCCAACUGGAGAACCAGGGAACCUCCUUGCUCAUCCAAGGCCCGAGGCAGACGAGAAGCCCUUCAUAUGUGCCCAGUGUGGCAAAACCUUCAAUAAUACCUCCAACCUGCGAACACAUCAACGAAUUCACACUGGCGAGAAGCCUUAUAAGUGUUCUGAAUGUGGUAAGAGCUUCUCAAGAAGCUCCAACCGCAUCCGGCACGAGCGGAUCCACCUGGAAGAGAAGCACUACAAGUGUCCCAAGUGUCAGGAGAGCUUUCGGCGGCGCUCGGACCUCACCACGCACCAGCAAGAUCACCUAGGCAAGCGACCAUACCACUGUGACAUCUGUGGCAAGAGCUUCAGCCAGAGUGCCACACUGGCUGUGCAUCACCGGACCCACCUAGAACCAGCACCCUACAUCUGCUGUGAGUGUGGGAAGAGCUUUAGCAACAGCUCCAGCUUUGGUGUGCACCAUCGCACCCACACAGGCGAGCGGCCUUAUGAGUGCACCGAGUGUGGGCGGACCUUCAGCGAUAUCUCCAACUUUGGAGCACACCAGAGGACCCAUAGAGGGGAGAAGCCCUACCGGUGCACUCUGUGUGGGAAACACUUCUCCCGGAGCUCAAAUCUCAUCCGCCACCAGAAAACACACUUGGGUGAGCAGGCUGGGAAAGAUUCCAGCUGAAGGAAACCCCCAUUUAGAGAGGGAAAGAACAAGAGAUGCCAGCCUAGUGGAGAGAGAUCUUUAGGAUCUGUUGCUGCCACCUUGACCUCAAGCCCUUCAUCCCGUUUUGGAGAAUGACUUCCUAUUGCCUCUGAAGCAGGAUCUCCAAGAAGUCCUGAGAAGGGAGUCUGAGUAAAAAUCCUUGCCUCUUUCCAGGCCAAUAUCUUGCCUUGGAAAGUCAGAGGACCCAAUCUUAGUUUUACCUCCUUGGGGUGAAAGAGAAAUAGGGUAGGCUCGGAACAUGCUCAAGCCAUUAGGGCAACUGUCCCCUGACCUUUGAGGAAGUACCUGUGAGAUGGGCAUCACUGUCUGAAGGUUCUCCAGAUGGUCUGUGAAUUGCUUAGGGCAUACUGCAGUGGCCUGUUAGUUCCUACCUCUUGUGCCCUAACUUUGCUUCUAGGUCUCUGGGUGAGGAGGAGUGACCUUCCCAAUGGAAGGGGCCUCCUUGGUCUGGAGAAGAGAUCUGAGGCCCUGUCUUAGGAAUGAAAGGGAAGCCCUCAGGGAGCCAUGAUUUAGGGACCUUCAUACUCACCCAUGUUUGUUACUUGUUAUCCCUACCCAACCUGCCUUUGGUUCCAAGAGUGAUUAGCAGUAAAAUCCUUCAUUGAAAAGGA